AUGGCUGACACUGGACGUCAAUCUAUGACCGACAAGGCUGCUGCUUCUAUGAAGCCCGAGUCUCAGAAGUCGAUGACCGAGCAGGCUGGCGACAAGGUCAAAGGAAUGUCCGACUCGGUCGCUUCUACUCUCCAACCGCAGAGCGAGAAAUCCGCCACCCAGAAGGCCGGUGACACCGUGAGCGGAAAUUCCAACGAAGGACAGGAGUCUUUGGCGGAGAAGGCUAAGCACGCCAUGGGCAUGGGUGGUGCGGAGAAGUAG